AUGAAAACUCUGAAGGCGCUUGACUAUGUAGCCUUCCUUAAUGCUUUAGCAUUCCAAACUGCCUACUUACUCUCUUUGGAAGAUUAUUCAGGGCUUUGUGAGCUGCUCUUUCAGGGACAGUUGACGUUCAAGGAUGUGACCAUAGAAUUCUCUCAGGAGGAGUGGAAAUGCCUGGACCCUGCUCAGAAGACUCUGUACAGGGACGUCAUGUUGGAGAACUACAGGAACCUGGUCUCCCUGGAUAUCUCUUGUAAAUGUGUAAACGAGGAUUUGCCACCAAAGGGGAAGAACAAUAUGGGAGAAGCAUUCCACAUGGUGAAGUUGGAGAGACUUGAAAGCCGUGAUGAAGUCCUGUCCUUCCAGGAAGUUCAGAAAAAUACAUAUUACUUUGAGUGUCAGUGGAAAGAUGAUGAAGGAAAUUACAAAAGACUUGGAGUAAGUUUUCAGUCACAUCUGCCUGAACUGCAGCAAUUUCAAGGUGAAGGGAAAAUUUAUGAAUACAAUCAAGUUGAGAAGUCUCUUAAUAAUCGGGGAAAACAUUAUAAAUGUGAUGAAUGUGGCAAGGUCUUCAAUCAAAACUCAUGGCUAACAAGUCAUAAGAGAAUUCAUACUGGAGAGAAGCCUUACCAGUGUAAUGAGUGUGGCAAAGCCUUUACUGUUCGUUCAAACCUAACUAUCCAUCAGGUAAUCCAUACUGGAGAAAAACCUUACAAAUGUCAUGAAUAUGGAAAGGUCUUCAGUCAACCUUCAAACCUUGCAGGUCAUCGGAGAAUUCAUACUGGAGAGAAACCUUACAAGUGUAAUGAGUGUGGCAAAGCCUUUAGAGCACAUUCAAAACUAACUACACAUCAGGUUAUCCAUACUGGAGAAAAACCUUACAAAUGUAAGGAAUGUGGCAAGUGCUUCACUCAAAAUUCACACCUUGCAAGUCAUCAAAGAAUUCAUACUGGGGAGAAACCUUACAAGUGUAAUGAGUGUGGCAAAGCCUUUAGUGUUCGCUCAAGCCUAACUACCCAUCAGACAAUCCACACUGGAGAAAAACCUUACAAAUGUAAUGAGUGUGGCAAGGUCUUCAGGCACAAUUCAUACCUUGCAAAGCAUUGGCGAAUUCAUACCGGUGAGAAACCUUACAAGUGUAAUAAGUGUGGGAAAGCCUUCAGUAUGCAUUCAAACUUAACUAAGCAUCAGAUCAUCCAUACCGGAGAAAAACCUUUCAAACGUAAUGAAUGCGUCAAGGUUUUCACUCAGUAUUCACACUUAGCAAAUCAUCAAAGAAUUCAUACUGGAGAGAAACCUUACAGGUGUGAUGAGUGCGGCAAAGCCUUUAGUGUGCGAUCAAGCCUAACUACCCAUCAGGCAAUUCAUACUGGAGAAAAGCCUUACAAAUGUAAUGACUGUGGUAAGGUCUUCACACAAAAUUCACACCUUGCAAGUCAUCGGGGAAUUCAUUCUGGAGAGAAACCUUACAAGUGUGAUGAAUGUGGUAAAGCCUUCAGUCAAACGUCACAACUUGCAAGGCACUGGAGAGUUCAUACUGGAGAAAAACCUUACAAGUGUAAUGAGUGUGGCAGAGCCUUUAGUGUUCAUUCAAGCCUAACUAUCCAUCAGACAAUACGUACUGGACAAAAACCGUACAAAUGUAACGAUUGUGGCAAGGUCUUCAGGCACAGUUCAUACCUUGCAGUUCAUCAGAGAAUUCACACUGGUGAGAAACCUUACAAGUGUAAUGAGUGUGGCAAAGCAUUUAGUGUACAUUCAAACCUAGCUACCCAUCAGGUCAUCCACACUGGAGAAAAACCUUACAAAUGUAAUGAAUGUGGCAAGGUCUUCACUCAAAAUUCACAUCUUGCAAAUCAUAGAAGAAUUCACACUGGAGAAAAACCUUACAGGUGUAAUAAGUGUGGGAAAGCCUUUAGUGUUCGCUCAACCCUAACUACCCAUAUGGCAAUCCAUACUGGAGAGAAACCUUACAAAUGUAACGAAUGUGGCAAGGUCUUCACUCAAAAUUCAAACCUUGCAAAACAUCGAAGAAUUCACAGUGGAUAG